GUUUUGGUAUUUCGAAUUCAUUUGCAUAGUGUCCUGCUACCUGCUGAGUCAUUUGUGGAACCACGUGAGCCAGGGUAAUUGUGCCAAUAUUCAAGCUGUUUUCUAGAUGAUAACACGUGCCUGAAAAUGGCUCAUCUAAGUUGCCAUUCUUGCGGGAAAAUUUCAGCCACGUACUUGGCCACUUUGAAUUCUAUAGCUACUCAGAGUCAAUCAAGUAGCAGUCUGGCGACUUCCGGAACGUGCCGUGGUUGGAACGACUUGGCCAUAGAUGGCAGUUAACCUCCCUUACUUCCAGCAGAGUUACUUCCGGUUUUAGUUCGAUCCGGAGUGGGUCUUGGAAGAAUCUUCAUCCAUCCCUCGGUUGGAUGGAAAAGAGGGGGGGGGUAAGAACUCCCAACAUCCUUUUGAUUAUUAGUGAACCGAAUUUAGCCGACCGUUCCGUUCUUUAGCAGAGCCAAAGCUAAACACAUAUACUUCAUAAAUGUGCGCAAGAAGAGGCGGAGAGCAGCUUAAAGGGAAGCGUAAAGAAGAAUAAAGCCUCUGACAGUCCUGACCGACCCUGACAGCUCCGGAACAUGCGGAUGCACUGCCCAGAUGAAUUGGCGGUCCACCCACUCGUCACUGACACUCGGAUGAAAAAUGGGCACUCAUCAAAGUCAGCUUGCUGUUUCAUUUCUACUUGAGUGAGAUGCUUGAAGUCGACGUUCCAUUUAUUCCUGUGAAGUUAUUUACCAUGGAUUGGCAAAUGGAGGAGGUUCGCGCAGGCGGAGUAUGAAUUCUUUUUCCUCAAUCACACGCCGCUAGCACCUCUGCCGCCAGAACCCUCCCUGCUGGUUCCCUUCUUGGCUCUCGGUGUGCUUUCCUGAAAAAGCUCGUGACGACCAUUGAAGGACGGCAGUCUGGCUGUGAAGCGCUAACCUUCUUGCGCUCUCCAUUUCCGGCUCCGGCAAAAUAACUGGACAGCCCAAAAACCUGUUGUUGUCCAGCCCGGCUCAUCGGAUCUCCCCGAUUUCUUCAACGCUGUUCAGUUGAAAUAUUCGUCUGACAGCGACGAGAAGAAGAGGAUUAGCUGCAAAGUCUCGACCACAACAAAUACGCCAUGACCAAAGCCUUGAAGUGCGGCUACCUCCUGAGAUACAAACGUCGGCUAUUCAGUCGUUAUUGGCGGGAGGAGUUUAUUGUCCUCUACGAAGAUUCUUCGAUGGCCUGGUUUAAGGACAAGUCACGAUCGGAUCCCGAGGGGGCCUUGAUGUUGAAGGAAGCUCCCGAACUAAUGGCCAUGGGCGAGUACACUCUCCGCAUCCCUCACACUCGACCGAGCAGUCUACCACAAGGAUGUACGGUGCGGCAGGUUAUGGCGUUCGGAACGCCCAACCGGCAAAAAGUCUAUUGGUUCGUAGCCAAGUCGGAGGACGAGAUCAACGACUGGAUGACUGCCAUCAGCAACACAUUGCCAAUCCCGCCUGGGUUGUCGGUUUACGGAGAACCAGCAGACGAAACGACGUCCAACAUCUACGAGAGUAUCGAUCUGCAGCCAGCAGCAGCAGCAGUUACAACCGCUAUGGCCAUAGAGAAACAGCAGUUGCAGCAGGAGCACGUCCACAUCGUCGGCAGUCAUCAGCCGUGCUGUCUGUGCGCCGCUUCCGGUCACGGAUGCGGAGGAACUGCUGUGGCGUCGUCGACGGGUGCCGUCGUUCCCGCCGCCGCCACCGCGGGAAUGAAAAAGAAGGACAACAGCGUCAACUCAUCGCUCGGCGAAAUAGCCACCGGAAUGAUGUUGGCCACUGGGUUCGCCCACUGGGGUUGGGGUUACGGGCUCGGAUGGAACAAGCCCGACAAGUCCAUCAUCGGUGGCUACUCGGAAAACACGGCUUACGAUGAUGGAUACUAUGGGCGAGACUCGAUGGAUCCGCGCCAGAUGGGAAAUGGGUGUUCCCAACAACAUCACUACGAUCCAGACUAUGAUGACUGUCAGGAUAACGAUUUUGACAUGGACUUUGGUGGGGAUUUCGGCUUCUGAACUUACAACCUAGCUCUUAUCUGCCCCAUGCACAAGGUGGUGUAUAGGUUUUUAGCUUACUAUACCACAUCCGGUACAAAACAUCUCGGAUCGAUUGAUGUCGUGCGUCAGCCAAUAUUUCCAUUUGUUCCUUUUUUUCAUAUUUGCAAAAGAGGAAAGGAAAAAAAAAGGAAUUUUUUAAAAUUUUCAUCUUUCUCUUUAUACAUCGUAAUAAUCUCUUCUCUUUCUCUCCUUGUCUCUCUCUCUCGGCAAAAAUGAAGAGAAAUCUUCUCCUCAUAUUCCCCCCUCAUCCCCACAGUUGCAUGCAACUGACGUUGGCAUUUAUUUAUUUAGAUGAGAAUUUUUAAACAUUUUUGAAAGAUAUAUGUAACGUGGUGGUGAGAGAGUCUCGACUCGGUUCGACUCCCAAUAGGAUCGACCCCAAACCUUCAAAUUCUCUCAUGUUUUUUUUAAAAGGGAAAUUUGAAGCGGAAUGAUAAUUUUGAAAAGAGUUGAAUUUAUUAUUAUUAUUUAUAAUUACUUUAGCGAUUGGCACUCUUUUUACGGCGUGUUGUAGGAGUGUAUGCAAAACUUAAGAAACCCAUCAAAUUCUGUUAUCGUGCCAUGUGUGUAUUUCCAUUCAGUGUGUCUCUUCCCCCCCUUUACAACCAACUUUUGCGGCAGCAGAUACCAGAACAGCACGAAUCCAGCAUAGCUCACAUCCUACGUGUUUCUUUCUCCCAAAAAACAUAUAGCCACUGUUAUUAACUGAAUGUCUGCUGUUUGAUCGUGACAUGUUAUUUCUCCCUCUCCAAAACACACACCAAAAGAAGAAAAAAUAAGAUAAGUAAGAAAGAAAGUGACAGAAAUAUAGUACAUUACAAAUUGAAA